CUAUAUAUAAACCCCAUAACACCUCUUCCAACAAUCUCAACAUUAAUCUCUCUAAACAACAAUAAGAGAGAUUUUAAAUAAGAAAGAAGCUAAAACAGAAUAGUAGAAUUGAAACAGGUAAAAAAGAACUAACCCGAUCACAGGUAAUAAGACGACCGUAUCGAUGGAGAUGUCGUCGAAUGGUUGGUUUUGGAUGUUUUGCAAGCAAGGAAGACCAUAUGUUGGGGUUCUUUUUCUACAACUAGGAUAUGCUAUUAAUGGGAUUUUAGUAAAAUCGGCUUUAAACGAUGGGCUAAAUCCUUACACGUUUUCUGUUUAUAGAAAUGUUGCUGCAGCAGUUGCUUUUGGCCCAUUUGCUCUGUAUUUUGAAAGGAAAGUUCGGACUCAAAUGACAUUUUCGGUAUUUUGGAAGAUAUCAUUGCUGGCGUUAAUAGAGCCGGUUUUGGACCAAAUACUAUACUACACUGGGAUGAAGUAUACAACGGCAACCUUUGCCAUUGCAAUGUGCAACAUUCUCCCCGCGCUAACUUUUGUCAUGGCGUGGAUAUUUAGGCUUGAGAAGGUCAAUGUAAAAAAAUUGCAUAGUCAAGGGAAGAUUUUAGGAACGUUGGUGACGGUUGGGGGAGCUAUGGUUAUGACCCUUGUUAAUGGACCACCUAUUCCAUUGCCAUGGACCAAGGAGGGACCAGGGGUGCACCAUGUUGUAGCCUCCACUCCCAUGGUCUCACAAGACCAGCAUAUCAAAGGUGCCAUCAUGAUCACUGCCGGUUGCUUUUGUUGGGCUAGCUUUUACAUUCUUCAGGCUAUGACUCUCAAGGAAUAUCCAGCUCAAUUGUCACUUACUACGCUCAUAUGUAUGAUGGGUGCUUUACAAGGAACUGUUGUUACUAUGGUAAUCGAAAACGCUAAAUCUGGCAUAUGGUCUAUGCAUAAAGAGACAGAGCUUGUCGCAACACUGUAUAGCGGGAUAGUUAGAUCAGGGGCUAGUUACUAUGUUUCGGGCCUAGUUAUGAAGGAAAAAGGACCCUUUUUUGUGACUGCCUUCAACCCCUUGGGUAUGGUCAUUGUUGCAAUUGUGAGCUCAUUUGCUCUAGCCGAACGAUUAGUUUUAGGAAGGGUUGUGGGAGCAUUCAUCAUUGUUGUUGGUUUGUAUCUAAUCAUAUGGGGUAAGAGUAAAGACUCGAGUUUAUCAAGUUCUAAAAUCAUUGAAGUAGAGAUUUCUGAUCAAGAAGCAUCCGACGAAAAAUAUUUAGAUAAUACAAAAGCUUCAACGGAAGAUCCUAAAACCGAAGCUAAUGUUUAAUUCUUUCUAUAAACAACACAAUAAGUGAAAAUUUCUUCUAAGUUUUUGAGGUUUUUGUUAACUCAAAGACUGGUGGAGAUUGAUGGCCGGAUUUCCCAACCACGACGUCGCUUAAGCUACUCUCAAACGCAUCUGCACUUGUUAAGUCUCGCUAGCCGAGCUCAACGCCGUUCAAAUAUUGGGUUUUAGCCUAAAACUUUUAGGCCAUCAACGUUUUUGGGUCUUGUUUUGAUUGUGUUACUUCAAAUUUAAUUAAAGUCUUUGUUUUUUUUUCUUAAUAUGUAACUAAGCUAAAACCCACGAAUAUAUUUUCGAAAAAAAUUUAAACCUUACUGCUA